UUGCGGCGGGCGGGCCAGGCGGGCGGCGUUGUGUUGAUUGUUUUUGCUAAAAAACUUACUUUAAAUUCAAUAAAAUAACAAACAAUGGACGAAUCGAACGAAACAGGUGCAGUGUUCUCUAAAGGCAUAAAUUUAAAAGAGCUUAUGUCGUCGCAUGGUGCUGAAUUCCACUUGGAUGUUAAUUUCAAAGACAAGAAAAGUAAAUCAGAUCCAUUCCUGGAUGAUGACGAAUUAUUUAACGCUGUUUCUUCUGAUGAAAGUGAUGCAGAAGAAGUCCUCAAGAGCAUCGCGGAGUCGGCCGGCAUGGACAUGCUGUGCUCCCCAGAGUACGCCUCGUUCAGCGAGCUGGCGCAGAAGAUGACCGACUGCAUCCCGUCUGGCGAUGUUAAAAUACUUAUUGUUGAGGAAGGUGAAGAGCUGGUCCCGUACGAUGCGGAGGUGACAAUCCACUAUGCAGCCUACUGGGAGAAGGAGAGCAUAUCAUUUGAUAGCACACUUACAAUGAACCAUGGAGCUCCUGUUAAAUACCAGCUAGGCACCGGCACGCUCAUCCCUGGACUAGAGAUAGGUCUCACCACUGUCAAAGGACCUCAGGCCCGUUUCCACCUGCUCAUCCAACCAGCAGCCGCGUGGGGCGCGCGCGGGGUCCCGCCCCGCAUCCGCCCCGAGCCCGCCCUGUUCACUGUCAGUCUGGUGGCGGUGAGGCACUCGCAUACUGCUGACAUGUUCAACGACCUCCCGUCCGAAGAGCAAAAGAAAUACAAAGUCACAAUAAAAACUGUAGCUGCUUCCAACGCACGCGCCAAGGAUCUGUUCCAAAGAAGACUCUAUUCCAAGGCGGCUAGAGACUAUCACAAAUCCUUGACCGUCCUACAGCUAUCUUGCCCGAAGACUGAAGAAGAAUCCAACGAAAUCAAAAGACUUAUAUGUAGUGUGUAUGUGAAUUUGGCUGUGUGUUAUUCCAAAAUGGAAAUACCGAAUAAGGUAUUGCUUAUGUGCGACGAUUUAGGCAGAGUGACGAAUAUAGAGAAACAUUGCAAAGGGUUGUUUUACUACGGUAAGGCAUUCGUUAUGUUGGGGCAGUACGAAGAGGCUGAAAAAUAUUAUAAGAAAGCGCUGAAGUUAGAGCCGAAUAACGCAGACAUAGGCAAAGCCUUGGCGGAUCUAGAUAAUAUUAUACUAAGAUCAGCUAAAAAGGAGAAAAAAAUGUGGCAAGCUGCGUUCAAAAACAAAGCGGAUGAUAAAGAAGAUAUUGAUGAUGAUAUAGACGAAGAUUUUAAAGAAAAUUUAAAAGAAUCCUUCAAUGAUUUGGUUAGUAGGGAAGAGUACACUAAAUUUGAUCUACCCCCAGGGUUGUUGAAAAAGGAGGUGGAUUAUAUCAAGAAGUUUGUUAAAGAUUUUGAUAAAUUGGUGGUUUUAGAAGAUGGGGAGGGGAGCAGGAAAAGACUGUCUAUAGUUAAAACUAUGGUUUGAAUAUUUGUUUUAAAAUCUUAGGGCCACUUGCACAAACAUUUAAAUCUAGAUUUAGUGUCAAAUCUCGAUUUAAGAAACGUCAGUCCAUAUAAAAUUUGACACUAAAUCGAGAUUUA